CGAAGAUUAGCCAGUCAGAACUCGGGCCUUGAGAAAAAACAAUUUCUAGCAAACGAGUAAUAGUCAUUGGCUUAUUUUUGCACCGCUUUUGGAUCGGUUCGUAGUGUAUCUGACGUAAAAUACAAUGUUCCAAAUUGCGAUAUUAGCUGUUCUUGUGGGUGCAGCGCUGACCUCCCAAGGUGCCAAGUGGAAAUAUGGAAAAACAGACAAAGUUCAUGAAAUCUAUGGUCCAAAUGACUGGGGAAAGGUUUCAAAGCAUUGUGACGAGAGCGCCCAGUCCCCCAUAAACAUUGAGAAGAGCUCGUUGAAAAAUGAUGGAAGUCUGAGGAAACUCCGAUUUUUACCUGAGGACUGGUACGGAAGAGUCUAUGGUGUUUUAGAGAACAAUGGUCAUGCUCCUACCCUGGAAAUAGACAAACCGAGGGGUACUUCAACACUCACUGGGGGUCCUCUAGGAAACAGCGUGUAUAAGCUUCAGCAGAUGCACAUUCAUUUUGGUUGUGAGAACAACAAAGGAUCUGAACACACUGUCAACGGAAGGGCAUUCGCAGGAGAGCUUCAUUUGGUGCACUAUAACAUAAGGUAUGGAGACUUUAAAACUGCUGUGGACAAACCAGACGGACUGGCUGUGAUUGGUGUAUUCAUACAGGAAGAUGACGAUGAUGACUCAAGUUAUUCAUUAAAAGUUAUAAGUGGAGCAGCACGUUACAUAAGAAAGGCUGGUUCGUAAAAGCGUAUCAGAGCGAUAUAUUUGAACAACUUGGUGCCUCAUCUGAGAGAUUUGUCAAAGUCCUAUUUCUACAAGGGCUCCCUAACCACUCCUCCCUGCUACCAAUCAGUGCAAUGGAUCGUGCUGAAACGUCCAAUUCGUGCCAGCGAAUAUGUGAUGCGCGCUUUAAGAGGCCUCCUGAAUGACGACGAGCAGCCUAUGUGCGACAACUUCAGACCCACCCUGCUGCGAAACGGCCGCUCUGUGUCUCAAUGUGACGAUGAUAGACUGUUCAACUAAACAACCACAUCGAAAGCUGUCAGGUUUAACGCUGGUACAAGUUUUUUCCAGGAUAUCAUUAUCAUUCUGAAAAUUGUGUGAAUCUGAGGAAUCAGAAUAAAAUGGGUAAACGCAUGACUCUGCGUCCAUUUCGUGUUCUUUAUGUGAACUAUUGUCAAACCUUACAAGAUUAAGAGACAGCGCACCUUUUACGAUCAGGAGAGGAAAAGAAAGAGGUCAGCCUUGUGAGCUAUGUAGCUUCUCCUCCGGCUUUCAUCACACCUAAAAAAAGACCCGUAGUCUGGAAGAUCUUAAACAAGACUCUUAAACAAGAUGGUUAAAAAGAGAAAAGUCAGCAGUUAUGCCAAGAUGCUCACAACGCCAGUGCUUAUCCCAGCAUUCGUUGCCAAAAGCGUCUGUGAGAAUUGUUACUCCCUCCAAAAAAGUAAGAUGUUAUUCCCAUGCAGGUUACUACCCUACCCCUUCCCCUCAGUAUUGCGUUAAGUUUCGCCCACAGGAAGAUGAGCACAUUAUAUAGUGGGGUUUUAAGGGAGAAACAAGCGAAGCUGAUCAAGUAUAACGCAAAACGAGUAAAUGGGGUAAGUUUCUAAAGAAAUUAUGGUGCUGCGUCGGUGGUCAGGGUAACAAGGUAAUUUUGGUUCUAUCAAUUGAAUUACUGAAUAAAGUAAAUUUGCCACCGUAAAGAGUUUCAGAGUUGACGUUUC